AGGGAAGGGAUUGGGGUUUGUUGAUGAUCAGGAUGGUGAAGUGCUGUGAGUCGUGUGAACAACAAUGCACUGCAGGUGCAGGUGCUAGCAGGUUGAAAAAGGUGUUUGUUUGUUUGUGUGUGUGAAGAUGCACACCUUGUCCAUGUUUGACCUGAUUUUGUGCAUGCCAGCAAACGAGUGCAAAGUUUGAAGUUACCAACUUCCCAUGUAAAGCAGACGUGUCCUCCCGACCCGAGCAGAAUUCGUUAGGGAAGAAGUGCAGUGAGGCGGCACACGUGGUGGCAGGAGCAGUGUCGUUGUGAAAAGGUGUCAGUGUGAAAGUGUGCGAUGGCAGCAUAGAACGUUGCAAAACCUUCCCGGAAAAUGGACAAUUUUGUGCAGCCGACGGAUGCUGUGGUUCAUGCUUUGUGCAACUUGCUGCAGAAUGGAGUUCGAAGCUCACCCGGUAGCUCGUGUGAAUUGUGCAAAGUGUAGCGUUUAAUUAUGCACAAAACGAUGCCAUGGAAUGUGUAUGAUAAGAAAAUUGCAGCCGAAAGUUCACUUUAACAACUGAAAGAUAGGUAGCGCCCUUCCAGCGCACAGGUUACGAGAGGCUACGUAGAAAAGCGUUGAAAAUGCCGUCGGCACCAUUGCAAAUCAUCGAAAGCCGUUCGCGUGUACGCUCCUCACGCGGCUGGAUAAACUUCUGCACCAGGAAAAUCCCCGUUCAGGAAUGCGAUAAAUAAUACUCCUAAAAGAUAUCAGCAAUCAUCGCAUGACUAAGAAGAGCUCUAAAGCAUGCAGCAGUCGUAAACGAAACGCAUCCUUCCCGGCCAUGUAGUGUAGUGUACAGUGAAAUCGCUCCAAAAAAAACUGCAAAAAUGUAACCGUUCGUGUGUAACGAUUUGGCCGUUAGCAGUGUACAGCAGAUGCAUUCACAGUGUGAAGUGAAGUGUUGCGUUGCAACGAACUGUGCCACCAAUAGUGCAGCCAGCACGGCAGUAGUAGUACGUCGGUGAAGCGGAAGUGGCAUGAGGCACUAGCAGUAGCAUCAAUAGUAUUAGUAGUGUAAUACAUCGCUCAACUAAUCUUCUACCCAGUGAAGUGAAUUUCGAAGGUUGUGCACACUCUAAUGUUAAUGUUUUCACUAUCGUGUACCGUGUAUCUGUGGUUGUGCGUUAAUUCUGUCUAUUGUUUUCGGUUGAUGUUGAUGAAGUGUCCGCCGAUAGUGUUGCAGUAGUGUCGCUAGUAGUACGUGCAGUGAGCUGGUGCUACCGCUGUAACGCGCGUACGAAUGGAUGUUAUCGAUAAUAAGAUAUUUUCUAUCACCUGUUUAUACAACGCAUUAUACAUCUCUCGCUCACUCUCGCUCUCUACAUGCAUACGGACAAGCCGUAGCGUGUGUAAACAAAAGAAAAAAAAAACCCUGUGUUGUGUAUAGUAAAACUGUGGUAGCGCUUGGCGUCUAUUUUGUCAAGGACAUUCACGUGUGUGUGUGUGUGUACAAAAAUUAAACCCAAAAGCCCCCCUGCCGAAAACUGGACGGGCUGGAGUGUAGAUCGAAAUCGCGAAACCUCGUACGGUUGUGAGCCAGUAACAGUUGGCCGGCAGGCCAAAGGCAGCAGUAGUGCUCGGCGCCCCUGGGGCGAAUCCUCGGUCGCUGCUCGUGGUCUUCCCGCGGUCAGACACUUCCCGAGCGGUGUAGGCUGUACAAUCAAUUGGUGUACAGUGUAGCAAGCAAGCUAAACAAAACAGAUAACCAAUAACCGUCCUCUUUAAAGUGUAAGUGUAAGCAAGUAACGCGUUGUCCCGUUUGCGCGGGGCAGAGCAGCGAGUUGGUCUCGUUCUUUUUAACUCAUCAGCUCAUCCAUCUCUUUCACGGUGCCGGGCGGUGCGUUACCGUAACGCUGGCGCGCACUGUUACUGUUUUGUAGUUCAACUUAAUACGUGUAAUAUUAACCCACGAGCGAGUGAUUGGUACGAUAAUCAGCGAAGGAAGGGAGUCAGCAGGAAGUCACCAACACUCUGCAUUCCGCUUGAAACGUGUGUGCCAAAAAAAAAAAAAAAACCCAACAAUAAUCCACCGAACUGCAACGAGCGAUACAACAGUAGAGUGCAAAAAGGGCAACGAAUCGAAGAGGCCACGCUCAACGAAGGCAACUGACAGGCGGCUGUCAUUUAGCGUGCAACUCGGUACGAAUAGUAGUUAGGUCGGUUUACCGCAAGAGGGCCACAUGCGUAGUAGUGUCGGUGGCCGGUUUACGCGCUGUAACCGUUUAAUUUCCGGUGCGGCGGAACAAAAACACACAAAUCCAUGCAACAGUUUGCAUGGGUAGGUGGGUAAAGCCUAAUUUUCGUUUGCCAGCGCGGUAAGCCCGGUGGGUUGUGACUAUGUAAAAAUCAACGAGUGUUACUAGUGCUAAUGCCGGUACGCAUCCUGGCAAGCGGUGAUAAUGAUGGUACGGCUCGUUUGGCGUGAUUGUGGAACUGUAGCACCACCGGAAGGACCGGCAACGCGAUGGUACUGAAGAAAAAUGGCUUCCUUAAGCACCGAACGGCGCUGGUCGUUGGCACCGGUGAUCGAAGCAACCGGUGAAUCGGCAAAGGAUUCUGUUGUUUAACGUGGUUGUGAGCAGGGUGCGUGUGUGUGAGUGAGUGUGGAAGGAAUGUCAAAAGUGCGUGCGUACCGGUGUGUACGAAGUUGGGAGUUUUACCGUGCCCGGUGCGCUGAUGGUGCCGUUGCUUUCUGGUAAUUGCACCGCACGAGCAAAAACUUCCCACCCUCCGCACCGCCUACGACUGGCAGUGGCAGUGGAACACCCCGCACGCGAUAACGAUUGCGAUAAAUGAGCUUUGCGAACGAUUGUGACUGCGUGGCGUGCGUGUGCGAUUGCGAUUCGUGGUGAGGCAGAAGGACGCCGAAGGUGAGCUGAAGCGACCGUGUGUUAGUGAGCAUGCCUGAAUAUGUGUUUGUGUGUAAGCAAAAGGUGUUGGGCUGAAAGAAUUUGCAACAACGGGAAUCCCCUUUAAGCACCACGAGGGCCAAGCAAAGUCGGGGAAGGCGCAUGUGGAAAAGUUAUUUCACGCGCAUUUGGAAAAUCCACAGCAGCGGCCCAAACGGAACGCGGAUCAAUUGUGCCAACCGAUUGCCUGUGAGAGUGUGUGUGUGUCUGUGUGUGUGUGUGUGUUUAGCUGGCAACGGGCCUCUGCUUGUGCGUGUGUGUGCGCGUACGUGGAUGUGUUACGGAGUUCGUGCCUGUCCUGAAGGAGGAACCGUCCGGCGCGUGUGUUAAGCGGUGAAUCGCGUAUCGUCGUCCUCGUAGCAGCAAAACAGCGUUAUCCUGGUACACGUGAGAAGGACAAGCGAUGGCUGCUGUAAACUCGGUCCAGAACAGCAUUCGGUUGCCGUUGGCCGGCCUGGCGCCUCCGCGCGUCCUCAUGUGUAGUGCCUCGAUGGGUGCGGAAGGUUCCGUCACACUUCAGCUCCGGGAAGCGGUACAGGCGCCCGAUGCGGCCGGCUCCCUCGAUGGAGCGCUCACGAUCGGCUACCCGGAUCCGGACAUGCUAGCCGACAUGCUGGGCACAUUCCAGGGCGCAUCGACCGGUGCGUCCGGCGAUCCGGACGCGGGCAGCUUCGAGCUGCUGCAGGACAGCAAUGGCAGUCCGGCCGGCGCUACCUUGCGCACGUCGGCGGCCGAGCAGCUCGAGCAGCUGGCCGGUGCUAUCCUGACCAAGGCGAACAGCAGUGGUAGCAGUAGCAGCAACGUGACAACCGGUGCGACAACGGUGACGAUAAAAACAGAACCGGGGCCGAAAUCAACCGCGGAAAAAACGAGCAUAACCACCAACCUGCACCCGACCGGCCUCACGCCCACCAGUAGCAUUGGCAGCAGCAACCUGUCUCCCUCGUCGACGGCCAUCUUGCACCACGGCACCACGAUGGUGACCGUGAAAAGCUCGCCCGGAGGAAGCGGCGGUACCAUUGCGACCGCCGCCAGCCCAACCAGCCUCAUCCUUACGACGGUCGGGCGGGCCGAGACGGCGUCGGGCGGUUUCGGUGGAGGCAGCAGCAGCAGCGCAUCGUCGUCACCGUCGGCGGCUGCCUCCCCCGUCUCGCUGAGCGGACUGGCGAAGAAACCGCGACCCAAGACGGUAUCACCGACCCGGCACGGACCGCAACAGUGUCAGGUCUGCAGCAAAGUGUUCGGCAAUGCGUCCGCCCUCGCCAAACACAAGCUAACGCACAGCGACGAGCGGAAGUACGUGUGUGGCAUGUGCUCGAAAGCGUUCAAGCGGCAGGAUCACCUCAAUGGCCAUAUGCUGACGCAUCGUAACAAAAAACCGUACGAGUGUAAGGCGGACGGCUGCGGCAAAUCGUACUGUGAUGCGCGAUCGCUCCGGCGCCACACCGAGAACCACCACAGUGCGCUCGGGCUGGCGAACUCGUCCGGCACGGCCAGCCCCGGCCCGGGUGGCAGCAAUGCUGGACCGCCCGGGGGGCUGAGCCUGUCACCGGCGACGGCAAGUGGCGAUGCGAGCUCACCGCACGGAGCAACACUGGUCCAGUACACGACCACGACCGGCAGCGGAACGCCCGGCAGCAGCAGCUCCAACUGCAGUCUUUCGAGCAGCAGUUCGAGCAGUAGCUCGAGUAGUAGCAGCAGCAGCAGCAGCAGCAGUAGCAGUGGAAACGUCAGCGACUCUAGCUCCAGCUGCAAAUCGCCCUCGCCAAGCUCGCCGGCACCCGGCGCAGGCAAUGAGGGACUUACCCGCCAACAGCUCGAUCUAAUUUCCCAGAUCAUGCAGCAGACGAAGCAGGCGAAUGCGGCAGCUGCUGCAGCCGCCGCCGCCGCCGCUACCACCACCACCACGAACGGUAGCAGCUCGGUACAGUCCACCAGCCAGAAGGUCCCGGUACGACCCCGCACUUGGAAUAUGCAGCUGCAGCUCAGCCAGAACAAGCUAUCCGCAUCGACCACGGUGGCAGCGACGACAGCACCGACGGUCGUCAGCGCCGUCCCCGUGCCUUCAAUGGCAGUCACAGCGACGACCACACUCUCCGCCUCGAACAGUGGCGCCACCAUCGUGCACCAGAACGGAGGAACCCUUAGCGGCAACGGCAGCAGCAUCAUCAGCAAGGCGACAAACGCUGGCAGUGCUAGUGCCGAUCCUAAUGGACCGGUGACGGCAACCCUCACGGUGUCAUCGUCGUCUGCGGCCAGUACGUCCUCGCUCAGUGCGGUCAGUGCGGUUUCGGCGACCUCGCUGACGGCUGGGACAGCAGGACCGGGUAGUGGCAGCUCUUCUGCUGCUGCUGCUGCUGCUGCUGCUACCCAACAACCUGCCACCGGUACCACCGCUACCACAACUACCACCACCACCACUACGACCGCUACCAAGCUGGAGCAGAAGCCGGUCGAGUGUAAUCUGUGCCACCGGAAGUUCAAAAAUAUUCCCGCCCUGAACGGGCACAUGCGACUGCACGGCGGCUACUUCAAGAAGGACUCGGAGGCGAAGAAAUGUGAUAAGAAGGAAAACACGGGCCCCCCGCUACAGACGGCGAGCGUGGGCGUGCGGGCACUGAUCGAGGAGAAGAUUAUCAACAAGCGCAGCAAGGAUUUGAAGAAUCUCUUGUUGAAGGGUUCGUUCGUGGUGCCGGCACCGCCGCUCACCGCCCGCCGGCUGAUCGACGCCAACGAAGCAUUCCUCUCGUCCAAACCGAGCACGGUCGCGAUCGUCUCCACGUCGAACGGCACCACGCAGAUCAUCAACACCGCCACCCUGCACUCCAAGGCGACCGUGCUGAGCGUCAGCAGUGCGCCGCCGCCCUCCAACAACACCACCACCUCGACCACCCUCGCGCCCUCGAUAACGAUCAACGGGCUGGGGGCGGCGGGCGCAGCAACGGAGCUGAAGGAUGCGACGCUCAUCGAACUGCUCAAGCGCGGCACCAAGGUGGCCGUCAAGCGGGCGAUGGCGAGCGGUGACUCCUCCACCGUGCUCUCACUACAGCCACAAGCCACGCCCAACCCAACGGUGACGGUGGUUUCGACCGCGAGCAGCACCAACCCUGCCCAGCUGCUCACGUCCGCCAACACGCGCACGCUUACGGUUGUCCCGACCGGCCCAACGCUUUCCACCAGCACCACCACCGGCAAGCAGUCCGGUCAAACGAUCGCCGGCCCAACCCUGCUGGCCAAUGCCACCGCCAGCACCGAGCCGACGCCCCUGUCGCUAACCAUAUCGCAAGCGCCGGCCACGACCCCCGGCGACGUGUUCACCCUCGCCUACUCGACCGACUUCGGCGACGGCGAUGUGUACAGCGUGAGCGACACCGCCAUGCUGCUGCAGGCCGUCGAUCCGAUCCAGCUGCUGCACGACUCCAACUCGGCCGAGCCGCUCGACGAGAUCGCCCUGUCCGACUACGGCUCGAUCAGCGACCAGGGCUUCACCCCGUCCCGCCAAAUCCAGGCCGUGCUCGACUCGCCCCUGCCCGAGGGAUUGGCCGAGUUUAGUGCCCUGCACGGCAAGGACUUUAGCGUCCUGUACGGUGGCACCGGUGCGCCCUCCAGCGAACCGAACGGCAGCAGCAGCACCACCAACACCAGCGCGCUACUACAAUCAUCCCCCUCGGGGGCGCAUCUUUCCCCGCUACCCUCACCGCUAGCCUACCCAACGCCACCGGCAUCGCACGAAGCGGUCGCACAAGCGUCCCCCUUCCUGGACGACUCGCGCCACUUCACCGACGCGGGCUCCUUCUUCGACGACAAGCGCAGUGCGCAAAGCUUUCUGGACGAUGGUUUCUUCAAAACCGAACCGAAGGACGGCGACUGCAAGGCGUCCGAGAGCGCGAAGAUACUGGCGCUCAAGCACGAGCUGCUGGACGAAAACCACGACCUGUUCCGGGCGAACAAACACCACCUGCUGGACGAGCACUGCUCAGAGCUGUUCAAGACGGAGGACGGGUUUUUCGCCGAGUCGAAACCGUCGGCGGACGGGACGUCCAAGAUGAACCUGGACUUUCUGGACGACGCGCAGGUGUUCAUCGAGGAGACGCGCAACGCGUCCUCCCCGCUGUCGAAUGCCUUCUUUUCCGCCACCAUGUCGUCGGCGGCGGAGGUCAAGGAAGCGCUCGACGAGGUCCUGCCGAACGAUGACGAUGACGACAUUGGCGUGUCCGAGGGCGACAUCGACCUGUACUACCUGAACGGCCUUUCCUCGCUGCAGUCGCAGAUGAUGCCCAACUCGGACGAUCCGCUGCUGUCCUCCUCGCCGAAGGACUUUGCCCACCGGCAGCACCAGAAGUUUCUGUUCGAGCAGAGCCAGGCGGCCCAGCAGCAGCAGCUCGCCCAGCAUCAGCAGCAGCUGCAGCAGCAACAACAGCAGCAACAGCAGCAACAGCAGCAACUUCAGCAGCAGCAGCAGCAACAAGCGGGUGUUACCACCACCACCACCAACCACCACUGUAUGCCUCCCAGUGCCAAAAAGUCCAAACCUUCCGACGUGGAAGCGAGCGGCACGUUCGGGGCGGACGCCAGCAAAGCACCACUCACGGUCCAAACCGACCCGAUGCCAAAGGAUGCCGACAGCGUGUUUCUCAGCCCGAGCAGCCUGUCCUCGCACAGCUGCUCCUCCUCUUCGUCCUCCUCCUCGCUGUCGCUCUCGUCCGUAGCGUCGCCCCGGCUGCAGCAUGCACUGCUGGGCAGUGCCCACCCGGCCGCCGGUGGUGUCGUGUGGCCCCGCAAACGCUCCCAAACAUCAGCGUCCUCACAGUCGCCCUCAGCCAACAGUGCCGCCGGGACCACCCCAUCCCAUCCCGCCGGUCAGCGCAAGCCGACGGUCUAUCUGUCGAAGCUGCGACGAUCCACGGCGGCACUGCUGCCCGCCCUGCACUACACGCCCGCCCCGAUGCUCAACCCGGAACGGUGCGGCACGGCCGGGCUGUACGCGAGCGCGGCCGGCGGCUCGGUCGUCGAGCCCGAUCUCGACUCCACGAUGGACAGCACGAGCGAUAUCUUUUCCGAGCCGCCGCUGCCGAUCCGGCCGCGCAUCAACCUCGGCCCCGACUAUCAGGCGACCUUGCCGGACUGCGCGCGCCCGGCCUACGCGGCGCCGUUCCAGCCCGGCGUCCCGCCGGUGCAGCGGCUCUGGGAUCCGGCGCUCGCGCCAAACGACCGCCAGCUGCAGCGGUUCAUCGAGCUGGCCCGUUCGUCCGCCGCACCGCUGGGUUGCCACUCGGAGGAGAAUGCACUGCGCGCCCUGCUGGAGGCGAACGGUGAGAUACACCAGGCGAUACUGGGCAUGCUGCAGGGCCCGCCCGCCACCAUCCAUCGCCGGUGGACGGCGGACGAGAUCGAGCAGCUGAUACAGGGGCUGGAAGAGUACGGCAAGGACUUCCACCGGAUCGCUCGCGAUCUGUUGCCCGGCAAGUCGACGGGCGAUUGCGUGCAGAUGUACUACUUCUGGAAGAAGCUCGGCAUCGACUACGGCAAGGGUACGACGGCGCUGGCUGCCGGGCCGAAGUACGGUGGGCUGCAUGGGGCGCUUUCGCCUACACCGUCACCACCAGCACCAACGCCCCCGGUAGAGGAUCUGCUGCUCGAUCAUCUUGACUAUACGGCCUCGGCAAGCGCUGGAGCGACGAUGCCCCGGGGGCAACAGGCUGGCGGCUCGAACAGUGGCAAUUUGCAGCCGAAUGGGCACGGUAGUAGCACGGCCAGCGACGUCCGACCGCAUGUGUGCGAGGUUCCUGACUGUUCAGCGAGCUUCUCGUCCAAAGCGGCCCUUCACGGGCACAUUCGCAUACACUGCAUCGGGCGCAACCACAGCACAGUUCAAAAUGGUAAUUUCUUGAGUGCCGCCGGUAACCCCAUUAACCCUAACCACAUACCGACAAAGGAUGACUAUCCCUGCAAGGUGUGCGGCAAGGUAUUCAAUAAGGUAAAAAGCCGAAGCGCUCACAUGAAGUCACACCGGCCGCAGGAUGCAAGCGAUCAGCUGCAGCACCAGCUACAACUGCACCAGCAACAGUUGCAACAGCAGCAGCAGCAACAGCAGCAACAGCAGCAGCAACAGCAGCAGCAGCAACGGCAGCAGGAUAGCGAAAGGCCAGAAGUGCCCGAAGAAGGCACGCAACUGCAGCUAACAGUGACCAAGUGAGCCGAAGAAUCGCGGAAAGAAAGCGUUACGCAAAACAGCAUCUAGACAAUCUUCACAGCGCCUCCCGCCUCCGGCAGAUGGCGCACGGCCAAAGAGGGGAGGGCGCACACGUGGCGGGUGCGAAACGUUGCUACGAAUACAUCAAGGCGCUUACGCCACUGACGGGGUCGCCCCGGAAAAGCAAGCCAACCAACCUGAAACACGUCUCACCGUUUUAUUCACCACCUUGACCGAGGGGAGCACAGGAGUGAAGCAUCAAGUAGAGAAAUAAGUAGUAGAAGAUGAAGAAGAAGAAGGAAGAAGAGGUAGAAGAAGAAGAAGGAAAAGAAGAAGUUGAAGAAGUGGUAGAAGAAGAAGAAGAAGAAGAAGAAGAAGAAGAAGAAGAAGAAGAAGAAACUUUACACUUAACUAACGAAAGGUUGUUAAAGCUACAAAUUACCGUGAAGAAAGCAAAAAACUUAACCCCACAGAAGAGAAAAAACAAAGAGAUUGUAAGAGAAGCUAACCGAGAUGAGUGAAUAGCAGAAACCCAAGCACGGGGAGGACACUAAUGGUUCCCCUUUCCCUUUUUGCUACGGUGUUUGCUAUUGUGUAAGUACUGUGAAAAUACCAGGUCAAAUUAUGUCAACUUCCAGCGAUAACCUUACUAUAAACCUACAGAGCUAAGUGCACAACGAGUGAAACCAACAAGUGAAGAACUUUAAAAUCUCUCCAAAGCAAAACCGAACGGUGCGGGGCGUUCGUGCGCGUGGGAAAAAAAUUCCCAACCUUCUAACCUGCAUAGCGUAAACCACCUAAGAAUCUAUAUACUUAAGAACCGGGUCGCUCUACCGCCCCGGAUCGGUUAGCAGGCGUAUGUGUGUGCGUGUGUGGGAGGGUUUUUGUACACAAGUCAGUUUUUUGUGUUGUUAAAUCUUUCUACUCUAGUCGUAAUAUUUGGAACUGCUCAACCUGCACACACACAUACACACAUACAUACAGCGACACACACGCAUCCUCUUCGUGUGCUUCGUGUGGUGCAUAACAUAAAUGUAAUAUUAUAGUGUAACACAAAAAAAACGUAAACGGUUGUCGCUAACAAAGAGCAAAAACAGCAAAACAGCACUCACAUUAUAAUGAGAAUAGGCAAAGCUGUUCGAGCUAGUGGCUUGAUAUCGAUGUUUGUUUUUGUUGGUUCCUUGUAGAUAAAAAAAAUACCCCGACCCUCCCAAGAGGAUCAUCUUGCAUCUCGUUCGCUCAUCGAUUGUACAUACAGAGAAAGACUUGGUGGUGUUCUGUAUUUUAACACACACACUCAUACACACAUUCAUUGUUAUAUCAUACACCCAUACACAUAUACACACUAGCACACGUGUGGGUGUGUGUGCUUGUGUGCUUUAGGCUUAAGCUCCGUUGCGACGUAGUCAGCAUCAGCCAAGCGUAUAGGAAAAGACAUCGACAGCAGUGCGCGCACCUUGAUCGCGUUUUGCUGUUCUUUUAGUGCAAGUGAACUCCGCGCGCUCUCGCGCGCGUGUGUGUGUGGGUUUGUGCAGAUAGACGUAAGUGAAAGAAAAGUGAACGAUUUUACGUUACCAAAAAAAAAAAAAAAGACGAAUAAUUGUUCAUCCCUCGUAGAGGCAUGAACGGUCAGAAGAGCCCGGAGCACACUCGUCCCGUUUCCAGUAUUAAAGAAACACUCUUCCAAAAACAAAACCCGCUCAACUCGAAUACAAUCACAGCUAAAAAAAGGGAAUUGUCCCGCCAUGCGCCAAAAAUCAAUUUGUUGUGACAACUUGUCAAACGACACCUGUGUGCAAACGAAAGUGAGCGGCAGACACGCAACGGACAUAUGUAAAGUAGCAGAAGAAGAAGAAGAAAAGAACAAACAAAACACAGUGCCGUAAAUGAGAGUGACGAUUUAGCAGAGAAAGAAGGAAGACAAUGGGCAAUGGAAUGGAAAAACUCCAUUUGAAAGAAACAAAGAACAAAAAGACACACGCUCAUGUGAGACAAAAACAACACACUACACUGACCGCGAGGAAGAGAGAGAGAGAGAGAGAGAAAGAGAGAGAGAGAUAGAGAGAGAGAGAGAAAGAGAGAAAGAAAGAGAGAAAAAGCGAAAGAGAAUAUAUAUAUAUACAUAUAUAGAUAAGAUAAGAGCGUAAAAUACAAAGUAGUUUCAGUAACACGCGAUACACACUCUAUUUCCUGUCGAACUAACAAGUUUUACUAAAAUUGUGUAAAAAAACAAACAAACAAACAAACAACAAAACAUAGGAGAAGAAAGGAAAAACCGUAAACUUGAAAAACAUGGUUGUAUCUAGAACUUAAGUGUUGAUCAAUGUUCUUAAUAUUCUAUAAACGAUUUAAUUGUACGUAAAGCCUCGAGCGGACGAGAGCUGCACACAGUAGCACAAAAAGAGUGUUUAGAGUUAAGGAGAGAAAGGAGGAAAGCAAAACAAAGCACGAGGCGAGGCGAGAAGAAUAUGGUCCUUUUGUUAAGUGUGUAAAAACGAAAACAGAAACACGAUAUGAGAGCGAUAGCGUAACGAGUUAAGGCGAAGCAACGUGAGAAGCGACGGGGAGAAACAAAACAAAACUAAGUGACUAAGCAUUAUUGAACAACACAGGGUUGACACGUACUUGUACACAGCAAACUUUACUAAGGCGCACGCAACAGCAUCUUUCCCUUUUUGCUAAUGCUCUCUCUCACUCACUCUCUCUCUCUUUCUUUCUCUCGCUCUAAGCUAAUAUCUUUUCGCGCACUUCACGAAAGCGAACGUUGUAUCAGUGUGUUAUACAGUAGUAUACAUUUAUUUUUCUACUUCCGAAUUUGAUACGCGCAAUUUUCGAUCUUUCGAACAUUGAACUAGUCAAUACAGAAAAAUAUCGAAACAAAAUACGAGAGGAACAGCACACAUCACACAAACGCGCGCGUGCAUUUGCCCAUUGUUGCAAGUAGUCUCCAAAGGGCUGGGCGAACAGAUUUAGAACACAUUUGAGAUGCUCAAUUUCAGUACAUUGGUUUGGCCUGAUUUUGUGAAUGGAAAAUCAUUUCUGUUGGUGCUUAGUGCUAAACCCUGAACAGUUGCUGUUUGAUGAUGUGAUACAUUAUAUUAUCAACUUUACAUGGCUGAGUAAGUGAACAUUUUAAUUAGCUCUUUAUCACUUUAUCGCUCUCUCUCUCUCUCUCUCUUUAUUUUGAGUGACAAUCAGUCCGACUCUCUAGCACUCCGCUCAAAUUGCUCAUCGAAUAAUCACUACUUACAACGAUAAAUUGCUAGCCCCCAUUUUUAUAUUAACGAAAAAAAGGAAAUUAAAAACAGCAGACACAACAAAAUCAAACCCAAAUAAAGUAAAGCACUCGGCAAGAUCGAUUGAACUGAGCAGCUCAGUUUGCAAGUGCAAAUAAGUGUGUACAAACAAAAAGGGGAAAACCAACCAACAAACGAACAAACAAACAAACAAACAAACAAACAAACAAAAAGGCAAAAUCAAAUACUCCGCGUUGUGAUUUUUAACGAAUUAAUGAAGAAGAAUGAAGAGGGAAAAAUACACACACACACACACAAGAUAGACAGUGAAACAACCAACAAAUAAUACCGAGCAGCAGAAAACUCAUACUGUUUUUCUCACUCACUCACUCUCUCUCUCUCUCUCUCACACACACACUCAAACACUGUAUUACAUACACACACUCUAAACUUUUUGCUGAAGAAUAAUGAAUAUUCUAGCACUACUACUACUACUACCACUACUACUACUUCGUUUACUGUUUGUAAAUGGUUCUAGGACAAUUUUUAGCUAUAAAUCUCGUCUCGGGCGGAGUGUUUGUGGCGCUGGAGUCAAAAUGGAGCAAGCAAAGGGCAGCGCGAAAUGAUGGAUCGUUUAAAACGAGUUCGCAGCUGGAAUUAUAUACAAGUAAAUUGUGUUUUGUGAAAAGGAGAUGAACCUAAACAAAAACAGAACGAAAAAUGCAACAAACCAGUUACCUCCUUUAAGGAAUUGUAUUUUUCUGUUCCUGUGCUUUUGUUUUUCAGUGCUAAAGCAAUGCGCCCUAUUUAAGCGCUUAUCGUUUUGGUAUCGCGUACGAACGGGAAGCAGUCUUAUGUCUCUUUCUUAUGAGUGCAAUGCGUUUUUUUCUUUUUCACACCAUAACAAGGUGCUUUGAACUCUAGUACUAGUUCUAUCUUUUCUAACUCCCUGUGUUCUAACCCUGGCGAGGAGAGAAAGUGCUUCGAAGAAGAAAGAACAAAAAGAAGAAGGAAAACAAACAAAGAUGUAAAAAGAUGUAAAAGUUUAUAAAAAGGAAGCCAAAAACAAAAAGUCGAACCGAACGAAGGUGAAGUAAGCAAAAACGCAACCCCUCUAAAGUGCACGAAUGAAAUGAAAUGAAAUUGAGAUAAUAGAAGUUAAUACAUAUCAGUUUUUCUAGAAGAAAUUAACGAUAGACAAACGAAAACAAACUGGACAAACGCGCAACUCAAGCUGCAAACAAGGUGUAUUUAAGGUAAAGAGAAGCUCUUGUAACUCUUCGUAACACUUCGGAAGAAACAAACAAAGCAAGAACAAAACACAGAACUCUGUGUAGCUUGUGCAAUUGUAUAGGGCAAAUGGGUGGGAAGGGGGGGAUAGGUGAAAUCUCUUCCUCUUUUAAUCUAAAACAAAAGAGAACACAGAAACACUUUUUAAAAUAAUGCUCCUUUAAACACUUGGUACAGAACUCGUACCCGUGCGGCUUGUACAGCGAAGCUCAAACCUUUACAGAAACGUUGUUGUGUACCUUAUACUUGUAUCUUUAAAAAAACAAAAGCAAAAUACUAUGAUAACGUUGAUAAUGUAUGUGUGUGUGUGUGUGUUUGUGUGUGUGUGUGUGCGUGUGUGUGCGUGUGGAUGUGUGUCGCCAAAUCCGGAAGGAUCCGCCUGUAGAAAUGUGAAUGCGAGGUGUGUUUGUAUGUGUGCGUUUAGUGGUUAAGUUUCUUCGUUUCCUUGGUGGGAUGAAGAAAAAUUUAAAAAAAAAAAAAACGAUGCCAAAUCUAGUUUUCUUUGACGAGUCAAAGCGCGUAGUGUGUAAAGGAUACUCGUCAGAGUGUGCGUCGGCAGAGGAAUGAGAAUGGGAGCGCGAGCAGGGCACCAACGAAGGCUCGAGUGUCAUCUUCCUUGUUCGUUUCUGUUUUCUGAAAAAAAAAGUCUUCGAACAUUAAUUUACAUCAGCCAACUGAACAGCCAAAGUAAGAGAAUCUCAGUUUCAAAAGAUAAAAAAAAGACAGAGAUGAAGCUAAGCGAGAUAAAAGAAGAAGAAGAGGAGAAGACGCCUUCCAGAGAAGCACCGGGCGAAGAAGGUAAACAAUAUGUAAAAGUAAGACUAAAUGACAAUCCUAAGCAAAAGCAACAACAUACAAAAAAAGAAGAAGAGCAAAGCAAAAGAAGCGACGGCAACGGAAAUGAGGCGCAAUUAAACAAAGCAAGCGAGCAAAACAGAUAAAGCAAGCCGUACUGGGAUGACUGUCCGGUCCGGCUCCACCAUGCAAGCUCGUUCGUAAGGGGAGAGUGUGCAGCAGCAGCAGGUCCAUUCGUUUCGUUGUGCUAAAUGCGAUUAGUAGUGUGUAAGUUUGUCAUAAUGCAGAUGCAUUUCACUUUUCUGUAUAACACACACACACACGCACACACUCAUACGAGCUAAUGUUCUAUAUUAAGUUAGUUUUAGUUGCGUUUCACAGUACCCGUUUGAUCUAACACGCGUGCCAUCCAUGGAACAAAUUCCAAUACGAAAAACGAAAUGCUCGUUAGUUUAACUACAAUCCAAUAAGCAGAGAAAAGCAUUCGUUUCCAGUAAGACACUGUUUGGUUUAAGACACUACACAAUUAAUACCCUAAGGGUUGGGAGAGGGGGGUUGGGGUUGAGGGUCUGCGUUUACUAAGCAGCAUAAGAACACUCGGUUUAGAUUAUUCUGUUUUUUUACUUUGUUUUUAAUUCAACACGUUGACGUUUGAGACGGAUCAACGAGCUAUAAAUGAGCUUUGCUUAGUGAAAAACUAUUACACCCCGUCGCCUUGCGAUGGUUUCGUGUUUACUGAUUGUAACUUUUACGUACACAAUUAACUAGCUUAAUGUGACAAAAACCCUCUGAAACUGGUUUUCAAAUGGAGUUUAUUGCUUGUUUUGUAUGUUUGUUUAACUUUAAAAUGUUUGUGUGAUUGUUUUCUUUUGAUUGUUCCUGUCCAUUACGUUGAUCGUUCGAUGUUAUCCUACCAAUGGAUAUUAGAGGAAUUAAUUAUUGCUUUAUUGUAUUGUAAUUAAAACAUUUAUAUCAAAACACACACACAUAUAUACACGUACACUUUCUCCAACACCUACCGUCGCGAAUGGGAAGCAGCUUUUACGCUCUUCUCUUCCUGUCCCGGCAGCAACGGCAGCAAUCACCACGAUCAACCAUUUCGAAAAUUAAACACCUCCUUACUUUUUACGCAUUACGUGGCUCUGUGUGUGUGUGUUUGUGGUUUUAAGUGAUGUGCGCUGCGUAUUGGAAUAGUAUGGAUAUAUUUAUAAAUGGAAUUAUCGAAAGUAUAUAUAUAUUAUACACAUCAUUAUAAUUAAUUAAUGCAAAUUAAGUAAUCGUUAUAAUUGCCGAGACAAGCGUGUGGUGGCGUGCGAAUGGUAUGUUAAUGUAAGGCGUCUGCGCAGCAGCAGUACACACGAAGCUUGCAGGAAGCAGGAAACGCAGAAAUUGUGUUAUCCGAUCGCAGCAAACAUGAACAUAAACAAAACAGGAAUAAUCAACCGAGAUUUUGAGGAAAGGGAGGGGAAAAAAGACGGCAAAGGGAAGGUAAAUAAUGAGAGGAAGGAAAAUAUUUGCUUUUAAACCAACAUACACAAACAGUAAACUGUAAAGAGAAAUGACAACCCAAAACAACACACACACACACACACACGCUCAGACAGCCGGCCAGCCAGCCCACAGCAAAGCAUAAAAUAAAAUAUAAAUGUUUUUCACUGUUAGUUUUUAAUGUGAUUAUAACUUAUAAGAAGAUGCGAAACGCGAAUGGCAAGCAGAAAGCAUGAAAGACAUAUACACUAUGAUGAAAUGUUACAACAGCAACAACAGAAAAA